GUUUCUUGCAGCCUCUCGUUAUACCGCAGCAACUGACCAAGACGUUGUCGCACUUUCACCAGAACACGCCCCCAAGAUGCACUUCACCGCCAUCCUCGCCGCCACGGCGGCUAUGCUGCUCAGCCCGGCCGCGGCUGCAGGCGUCGUCGGCGCCGCUGAGGGUUUCGCCAAGGGCGUCACCGGUGGUGGCAGCGCCAGCCCUGUGUACCCGGCCUCGACCUCGGAGCUGGUCAAGUACCUGACUGACAGCUCGCCGCGCGUCAUUAUCCUCACCAAGACGUUCGACUUCACCGGAUCUGAGGGAACCGCCUCCGAGACUGGCUGUGCGCCGUGGGGCACCGGCUCUGGCUGCCAGUUGGCCAUCAACAAGGACAACUGGUGCAACAACUACCAGGCCUCGGCGCCCAAGGUCAGCGUGACCUACGACAAGGCCGGCCUCGCGGGCAUCCAGGUCAAGAGCAACAAGAGCAUUGUCGGCCAGGGCACCAGCGGUGUCAUCAAGGGCAAGGGCCUGCGCCUGGCCAACGGCGUGUCCAACGUCAUUAUCCAGAACAUCCACAUUACCGGGCUCAACCCGAAGUAUGUCUGGGGUGGAGAUGCCAUCACCCUAGAUGGAACUGACAUGGUGUGGAUCGACCACGUCAAGACCUCUCAAAUCGGCCGCCAGCACAUUGUCCUCGGCAACGGCGCCUCCAACCGCGUGUCCAUCACCAACUCGGAGAUUGACGGCUCGUCCUCCUGGUCGGCCACCUGCAACGGCCAGCACUACUGGAACCUCUACUUCACGGGCUCCAACGACCUCGUCACCUUCAAGGGCAACUACGUCCACCACUUCUCUGGCCGCGCCCCCAAGGUCGCCGGCAACACGCUCCUCCACUUUGUCAACAACUACAUGUACAGCUCCACCGGCCACGCCUUCGAGGUCGAUGCGGGCGCCAAGGUCCUCGCCGAGGGCAACGUCUUCCAGAACGUCGCCAACCCCGUCGACACUACCAUCGCCGGACAACUCUUCACCUCGCCUGACGCCAACUCCAACGGACAAUGCUCGUCCAGCCUGGGCCGGGCCUGCGUGAUCAACGCGUUCGGCAGCUCCGGCGCCUUCAAGCGCACCGACACGGGCUUCCUCACCAACUUCAAGGGCAAGAACAUUGCCAGCGCGGCGGCUGCGAGCUCCAGCUUCAAGGACAAGGCGGGCGUUGGCAAGAUCUAAGCCAGCCUCGGGGAGUGGCGGUGGCGAGCAGAAAGGGAACGGUUUGGUCAAGCUGUUUUUCCGGCCAGGCUGGAGGUUCUCAAAUUGUGUAAUGCACAUAUCUUUCAAUUCUUAUAUAACAUGACUCUUUGUACAUACUUCUCAGGAUAUUGGCAAUCGUAUCGACAGGGCGAUGAGAC